GCUUUUUCCAGCCCUUCUCCGGCAGCGAUUGCAGAGUUGAUUCCAACAUCAAACUCUGAAGUGCUGCAGAAGGCCAAUAGACCUAGCAGGCGCUUGCAUAGUGCCCCCCGAGAGGCUUCAAAUGCUAUGCGGCGCUGGCCACUGCCCUGCACCGCGGAGCCAAGAAUGCUGGCGCGACCGGUGCCUCGCAAGAUCUCCUCCUCAUUGCCUGCGCUGACGGGCUGGCCAACGCGAUCAAGCAGAAGCAAAAGUUUAGGCCGACUGCGUUCCGGAAGUGUACCAUUGGCCGACAGACCCCAACAGACCUUCCAUGGGGCGCUGGGUCGGCUUGGUGUGGACCAUCCGAGCAGGUCGCCAGAACCUAAAGCCACUGAUGCUGCGGAGUUGAACGAGGAUCCUGGAUCGCCCACCUCGCCUACAGGGCACGAGGCUCGCUUUCACUUGGAACUCAAGCGCGUGAGUUCUGAAGUGAACGAGGUUCACCGACGCCAGCUGUCUACCCGAAGACAUUUGGAGCAGGUGAAGCGAGAACUUUCCAGUGAUAGCGACAUCAAUCUCAAGGCCAUAGCUGAUUUCCAGGCGAAGGUGAGGGCAACCGAAGCAGAGGUCUCUGACUUGCUGGGGAGUUUCAUGCACGAGUGGGACACCUUCAACCCCGUGAGCGAGGAGCUGCAGGCUUUGGCCAGCGAAACUGAUGCCCUGACCGAAACCGAUCAACGGAUGAACGAGCUGCUGGAGCGCAUGUCCAGGAAAAAACAACGACACCGCUCUCAAAUCGUGUGGCGUUUGUGGAAGGAGAUGAAGAAGGACGGUGUCUCGUUGGAGUCAACAAGUGUAGAUGAUGUGUCAAAGGAUGCAUUUGCUUCUGACUUGCCGCGGCCCGGGCAGAAAGGCUUCAAGAUUCUUCAGGAAGGGAAGCGCCUGUACAAGGAGAUGCGCCUGUACAAGGCCAAAUCAUCACAAUUGACGACGGAGAUCAUACGGCAGCAUCAUGCCGAACAGGCUGAACAGUUCAGAGGAGAUGGCACCAACCUCUUAAAAGAAAUGCUUCGAGAAGGUGUUUGGCCAGAUAAAGACGUUGAAGCAGUAGUCCAGUGCGCACCAACGGGUGCUCUCAUGGAAUACUUUGGUGAUGCUGUCUUCGAGCUGCCCAAGGUGCUGAUGAAGGCCCUCGAAGACAGCAUCACCAAAGUAUUCCAUGAGGCCUUUCUGGUGCAAACCAUUUAG